ACAUAUACAAGUUAAAUAGAUCCUAAAAACAUGUGGCUUAACAUUUCAUUGAUUGUUUUUUUACUAUCCUCCCACAUAACAAUCACCUACUCUUCUAGCAUCAAUAAUAAUAAAAUCCCAAAAUCUGAUGUAGAUCUUUUAGAAUUCCCCCUAAAUUUAGAGUUUUUAGAGGCAGAAUUCUUCUGUAAUAGUGUUUAUGGUUAUGGAUUGGAUGUUCUUGAACCAGAAUUAGCAGAAGGAGGACCCCCUCCCAUAGGAGCCCAAUUGGCCCUUUUGGACAACCUCACUAGAGACAUCAUCAUACAAUUUUGUUUGCAGGAAGUUGGACAUAUAAGGGCCAUAAAGAGCACAGUAAGAGGUUUUCCUAGACCAUUGUUAAAUAUAAGCAAAGAAGCAUUUGCACAAGUGAUAAAUAGUGCAUUUGAUAAACCUUUGUAUCCACCUUUUGAUGCUUAUGCCAAUUCCAUCAACUAUCUGCUUGCAAGCUAUGUAAUUCCUUACGUUGGUCUUACCGGAUAUGUUGGAGCUAUUCCUGAAUUGCAAGAUUAUGUGUCUAAGAAGCUUGCUGCAAGCCUUUUGGGAAUAGAGUCGGGACAAGAUGCAGUUAUUCGAACAUUGUUAUACGAAAUCAAAGAGAAAAAGGUAUUGCCGUACACAAUAACUGUCGAAGAAUUUACAAAUCGAAUUUCAAUUCUUAGGAAUGAGCUUGGAAAGAAUGGCACAAAAGAUGAGGGUCUAGAGAUCCCUAUAUAUCUAGGUGCUGAGGGCAAAGUUUCAGGAAAUGUGGUUGCUGGUGACAAUAAUUCACUUUCAUAUUCAAGGACUCCAGAGGAAGUAUUAAGGAUAGGGUAUGGUAGUGGAGAUGAACAUGUCCCUGGUCAGUUCUUUCCUAAGGGAGCAGAUGGUUGUAUAGCCAGAUCUUACUUACAUACUACUCCAACAUAAUAAUCAAUAUUGUAAUCUCUUUAUCAUAUGGCUUAAAAAAUUACUCCAUUGUGUUAUACAGUAAUAAAUGUUCAAGACAAUAAAAAUAAGGUGUGAGAGUUUGUAACAUCAACAAUUCAAAUCUCAUGUGAUACAAUAAUAAAAUAGUUAUUAAUAUCACUAUUGUUUAUAU